CAUUCGAGCCGAUUCAGUCCUCAUUCUCGUGGCUCGAUCGACAGAUCGCCCACCGCACUCUCUGUCGAACUCGUGAUCUUCGCGAUCGUAAUUUUUUCCCGGCAGUGUCGACUAUGAUGUACCAGAGGCUACUGUGCGCUAGUCAAAUGCUGUUAUUUUUCACCCUUUUCACGGCGAUUCUGCUCGUAACAGAAAUCGAAGGUGUCCGAGAUUCAUCGUGCCCAAGAAUAUGCAAAGAAAACGCUUAUGGUGAUCCCGUUUGUGGAAGUGAUGGGAUUAUCUACUCAAAUAUUUGCGAAUUGAAGAAGAAGACGUGCGGAAAGGGGGUGACACUUUCUGCCGAUCAUGCGCUUUGCAAGAGGCCUAAUGGUUCCAAAUGUGAGCACAAAUGUGGAGGAGAAAAAGAUCCCGUAUGCGGAACAGACGGUCGAACAUAUUUGAACAGGUGUAUGCUCCAGGUGGAAAUAUGCAG